ACGUCAGUACCUGGCCCUUAAGGGGGGAAAAAGCAUGUGGGGGGGUGAGAGAGAAGGAGGGACGAGGAGGUGGGGAAAGACCUGGCUGAAAUGACAUGCACAUGCACACAUGCAGUGCGAGCAUCUGCAAGUCCUUAAGAGCCUGGAUUUGCAAAUCCCCUCCACGUUUCUGCCUUCCUGAAGAACAGAGGAAGGAAGCAGGGAAAGAGGCAGGCACCGUGGAACGGGAAGGAGUAGGCACUGUCACGAAGGAGAAGCACUCUGAACAGGAUUGAGGCAGCAUAAGUCAGCACCAGAGCUGAGCCGAAAUGAUCUGAGCUUGAAGAUACAGAGAUCCUCUUUUCAGAGUUGCUCAGCAAGAAUCGUACUACCGUCUGUUGGGAGAGGAGGCCAGGAUUAAAGGACAGCAUCACCCCUUUGCCCUUUUCUUCUAUUUAGAUGUUGCAGACAUUCUUAUUCAUUCUCAUGUCAUGGUUUCCAGGUCAGCCUUUCUAAGUAAAGAACACAAUGAAUCCCUGUAGCCAAUUCUUUGGAAUUCCGUGGCUUUUCAAUAUUUCUGAAAUAUGAAACAUUCUCCUAAAUAGAACGAUGACUGAUAACCUUCUUCCCCAACAAGACAAGCCAUGGACUCCUAACUGGCUGAUGUCCAAGCUGAGUUCUUCCUGACCUUUCCAAGAGGGCUGCACCAUUCUGGUUCAGCAGCACACUUGUCAAAGGGAUCCUCUCCUGACACAACUUCUUGGGAACUUGAGCGCAAGAGAGUUCUGCAAACUCAUGACUUCAUUUACGAAUGCUCCUUUCAUUCUGAUACCUUCCAUAACGUCUCUAACGUCAUUUCUAAUUACACUUCUUCUCCCCCAGGAGAAGACUCUUUCAGCUCUGUAGAAUUACAGGUGGAUCUAUUGGGACCGCAAAAUUUGUUGGACUGAUUGUGUUGUUCUGGUGCGACAAGAACUCCUGCAAGAGGCAUCAGCACCAAAUGUUCUCAAGAGACAACAAAAAGGUAAAAUAAUCAUAAUCAUAAUCAUAAUCCAAACGAAACACAUUUUCUCUUAAUUCAAGCUCAAGAGAUUUAAUGAUCAACAAAACAUUGCGUAAAAGCCACCAUAGUUAUUUACACAUGUUUGUUUUUACCAUAUGUUUUCAUUAUCUCCAUAGACCAAGGCAAGGCCAUACAUUCAUGUAAGUAGGUAGGUUUCUCUUUUGUACUUCAUACUCCUACAGGAUUUUUUUCAGGCAUCUUAAUAAAUUACUAAAGAUCAUCAGCUUCUGGCCCAGUUAAAGCUCUUUUGUGAUACACACUUCCCCAACAAGUGCCUCAAGAUCAGGAGACAUGAGGGUUCACUGUCCUACCUUCCUUCCAGCCAGAAUGUAGCAGGCUUCCUGUAUAGUGGCUCUUAUUUGCUGGGCUGUUCUCCCUUCCUGAUUGGCCUUCCCUGUGCCAUGUAGCUUCUAGCUUGCCAAAAUGAGUGCAGACUGCGUCCAGCUGGGAGGAGAGCAGUUUGCACCUCACUGCUACCCUGCCAUGAUACUGAGCCCUUUCCUUGUAGCAGCAGUGGUGGUCUUUGCCAGUGCUGUGACUGGCUGCCCAGUCCUGUGCACAUGCCGGAGCCAGGUUGUGGAUUGCAGUGGGCUUCGGCUCUUUUCGGUGCCACCAGAUCUUCCGUUGGACACCCAGAACCUAAGCCUGGCUCACAACCGCAUCACUACCAUUCCUCCUGGAUACCUUACCUGCUAUACCGAGUUGAGGGUGUUGGAUUUGCGAAAUAACUCCCUUGUGGAACUACCUGUUGGACUCUUUUUGACAUCUAAACGCCUGUCUCACCUGGACUUGAGCUACAACAACCUGACUCACGUGGUGGCCGAUAUGUUCCAGGAAGCCUACAGUCUGGUGCACAUUGACUUGAGCCACAACCCCUGGCUGAGGAAGGUGCACCCCCAGGCUUUCCGGGGCUUGGUCCAACUUCGCGACCUUGAUCUCAGCUAUGGGGCCCUGUCUUUCCUUAGCCUUGAAGCCCUGGAGGGUCUCACAGGCCUGGUGACACUUCAAAUUGGAGGCAAUCCCUGGGUUUGCGGUUGUACCAUGGAGCCACUGCUGAGGUGGUUGAGAAAUAGGAUCCAGCGAUGCAUGUCAGAUACUCAGCUGGCAGAGUGCCGGGAGCCACCCGAAGUGGAAGGGGCCCCUCUGUUUUCGCUGACAGAGGAAAGCUUCAAAGCCUGCCAUCUGACCUUGACACUGGAUGAUUAUCUCUUCAUUGCCUUUGUGGGCUUUGUAGUCUCCAUCGCUUCCGUUGCCACCAACUUCCUGCUGGGUAUUACUGCCAACUGUUGCCACCGCUGGAGCAAAGCGAAUGAGGAUGAAGAAAUAUAGCCACAUCGCCUGAUCCUUCCAGCUCCAGUGUUGCUCACUGCCGGGGGAAGCCAAGGGCUAACAUGUUCAGGGAAAGCAAUAGGACUUGUCUUUUUCCCUGCUCUGCCGUUUUCUUGAGCCUUCCCCUCUCACCAGCCGCUGAACAGCAGCGCCAGACUGCACUGUCCAGACUUUCUUACUGGGGCUGCGGGAGAAGGCCAGCAAGAGUAGGGAGAUCGAAGUGUGCCUUGUAUAAUCCUCUUCGUGCUGGAAGCAGCAAGGGAGCCAUGCUCUGGAAAGUGACAGAAAUGCAUUGCUAGAUGCUCAGACCAUGCUUCAUCCCUUACUUUACUCUUGUACACACACACACACACACACACACUUUCACAGUCACACACUCUCACACACAAGUACUACAUACCAUAUGCACAUGUACUUUCUGCACCAUUCUCAGUCAAUGCCUUGAAUCCACAGCUGUAGCAUCUAAACAGCCAAACACACACCAGAGCACUCAUGUCACACAUGACCAUAGACUGACACAGACACAAAGGUCUCUGGCUUUUGAAGUUUUGAAGCUCUCCAUUUUUCCAAGCAUCCCAUCCCAUUAUCACACACUGAGUUUCAAUUAUCAUGCUUUCAGAUGAAAGAACUGUAUUUAAACCACCCUAACAAGUUCUCGUGUCUCACCCUUUCACUUUAUUUAUACAUACACUGCUUGCGGUUCUAUCAGAAUCCUCAAAAUGAUUUGGGGAGGCAAAAAUAAUGGCCAAAUAAAUCCUGUUAUUCCAUCCCAGUUGCUAAUAAUUUAGCAUAGCUGGUGCUACAGUUUCCACAAGUAUCUGGUGCAUUUGUAAGCAGCCAGUGGUGGUGGUUCUAGGUGAUUUGUCAAGGAGUGUCUGAUCUGAGAGUCUCAAUAUAAAGGGAAUCAUGAACUAAGCACCGCUGUAGGAGAUGUCAGUGUCUCGCUCAGAAAGAAGGAGAUUUUGCGCAAUUUUGGGUUAGAGAGGACCGAAUGGAGAUAAGACCAGGAUUAGGGUUGGCUAACUUCCCUUCAGAGGGUGCAUUGGCUAGAUUAAUCAAGUGGAGGGGAAACCAUGGAGAAAAACAUGCUCCAAUUUAAUGGGAAUCAAAUUAUAUGAUGUUAAAUCAAUAUUGAAUUUUUCACAGUAUCUGCAACUUUGUUUUUCUUCAGCACUUUGGGGUAGAUCUAAAUAAGCCAGCUGGAUAUAUAUCAGCUGAAUUAACCUGGUUUCCCUCAAAUUCACAGAAAUUGUCAUUUGGUGAGGAUACCAAACUUUCUUGGUUAGAGAUUCCACCACCACCCCCUCCACAGAGGAAAGGAAUACCCAGCUGUAAGUUUAUAUUGUAGUGGACAUUUCCUUUCUGACUUGGCCUCAGGAUGAAGAGGCUUUGUGGGGUUGUUCUGGUCUUACUCAGAGCUCUAGCAGCAGGUGGUGCUACAAGACAGAAUUGGAAGCUCCAAGGCAUGGCAAAAAAGUUGGAAGGUAAUAUAAAGCCUAGUUCUUGUGGAGGCUGUUGGCUUCCAUUCAUCCCAAGCCACUGAAAUGAAGUAGGUUUGCACUGCAAGAAAGGGAGAAUGAUUUUGGCAAUCCCAUCUGUUAAAAAAAAAACCUUUGCUAUCCCAGUGGAUCCAUAUAACCCAGAAGGCAGUACAUUUUGCAAGAACGCCCAAGAAGCCAAAGUCAAGGGAAGGAAUUGCAAUGUAAUCUGUGUCUUCUCCAGCUCUUCCACACACUUGUCUUCAGUCUGCAUCUCCAACUGCUAGAAAGAGGUAUAAAAUCCAGAUGGCCACCACAAAGGACACUCACUGAUGACAAACCAUUGCUGCAUUCAGGCCCACUGUCCUAACGCUGACAGUAAUGAAGCCGGACUGGACAUGAGGAUUUGGAUGCUGAACUGGCAUGUUAAACUGUAGGACCAGCCAUAGCCAACGUUCCCAGGAGGGGGACCAUCUUAUAAAGCCUAUAACCAUCUCCUAGAGAUUCCUCUGUGUGCUGACUUUAGUUAACAUAUUUUGAAACUUGACAAUUUUAAAACUUUUUUUUCCACAGAAAUAGAAAAAGGACCAAAACAAGUUAUUGAAUGCUGCUGGAAGGGAGGGGCUGGGGAGAGUGAGAGGACAGAGAAUUUCUAUUUUUCUCACCCAGUCUCACCAAAAUCAAGAAGAUAGCAGGUAAAAACCUGACCUUGGAAGGGAGGAUCAUUUCAGAGGGCACUCAUAUAACCAUUCCCCACCCCCAUCCUGGGGUGGUGUAUCUGUAACCUCUUCAUGGCAAAUUCUACUUGAAAGUAACCAUUCCUAGACCAUCCACAGCCAGACCUACCAUUUGUCAGGGAGAUGCAAGCUAUAGCAGGGAGCAUAUUUCAGAGUUCAUCAAGAGUGCUAAAUUGUCUAUUUUUCUUAUUAUUCCAAGGUGACAGAACCAUUUCGGUUUGUAGCCUCAGGCACCAAAAUGUCUUGGGCCACUGCUGAAACUAUCAUACUUUUAUUUCCAAGGGGGAAGCCAUGGUCAUUUCCUCAAACAAGGAGAACAGAGAGUCUUGUGGCACCUUGAGGACUGAGAAGCUUUAUUUGACAUAAGCUUCCAUGGACUGAGGAAGUGGACUCCAUCUACAAACUGCUCAUUUUUCAGAUGCUACAAGACUCUUCAUCAUCCAGUUAGGAAGAAGCCUCAAAAGAGUAAUGUAUUAUGCCAUUCACAAAGUCACAUGUUGACACAGAUGUCACCACAGUGAUUGGCGGGGGGGGGAGAGAGAAAAUAAUACUGUGAUGUAGGGUGAGAGGAAGGGGAUACAAUGACCCUAAAAGUAUGUUUUUAAACGACAUUCAGAAAAUAUCUGGAGACCAGAUGAAACAGGGCUAAAACUGUAUAGGCCUUCAUUUGCAAGGCAGAGUUAUAUAAUCUCAAUGUGCACAUAUCCUGUGUGAAAUGCCCAUCAUGAACAUCAUAAAAAUGCUUUAAAGAUAUAUUUAACUGUCCCACUGCUGGUGCCAUCUAUACUGGAAAUAAAUUCAAGUGAUUGCCAUUCUCCUUGCCAAGGAGGGUAGAGCAAUGCACCUGCGUAUGUCUAUAUCCACAGAUGUCCAUGCAUAGAAUACCUGGUUCAAUAUCUCUUCUCUUAUAGAAGGUAUGGGCAACUUAGGCUCUCCAGACAUGGUUAACCAGUAAAUCUUAUCCACCCUGGCUGACAAAGCCAAAAGUAAAGAAUUUCGGAAGUUGCCCAGCAACAUCCAGAGAGCCACAACUGCUCAUCCCUACUCUAUAGAUACAGUAAGAACAACCUAAACCCAUCAUUUCAAUAAUCUAAUUCUGAGACCUUUCAAAAAAGAAAAAGAAAUACAGAAAAACGGAUUUGUUCUAGAAAGUGCAUACAUAGAAAUGAUACCUAGUACUUCUUUCCCCCUUUUUAUUUAUAUAAGAAAUAAUAUACGAUAGCCAGUGAUGAAUAGGUUGCUUUAUUUCUUGUAGUUUUGCUUUUAUGGCCUCAAAAAGAGAUAUUUUGUUUUCAUUCCUGAGCAAGAUCUGUUUGAUUUCUGUGCCUCUGACACCAAGAACAUAGCCAAAAAACAAACAUAAUUCAUACAUUUGGGUGCCACAAAAUAACUAUCUAUGUGUCCUUCCUGUGUGCUUCAUCUUUAGUUGUGUUUACAUUGUUGGUUCUUGUUUUUAAAAGCAGCAAUGUGGUUUCUUGAAAAGUGCAAAGUUGAUUUGCUUCACCUAGACUGGCGAAGCAAUGAUCAAAAGGACAUUUUUAGAAUAAGAGUGGGCAUUAUGUGUGUCAUGCAACGGUCUGUGUGAUUGCCCAUGACACAUCCAGCUUUCAACUCAAUCCAUACUAUAAAGCUGCUAAAUGUGGGCUGCACCUGAGUGUAAUAAAUACAGAGUUCAGAGCGUGGACAGGAGUUUAAUUAUGUGCACACCUAUCAGCCUACAUACCAUGUUCUGCACAGAUUCUCUCACCCUCCAGUUGCAUGAAAUAUAUGCUGUCAAGAAACAACAUCAAUCCAAUUUCCAUGUGGUUCAGCUGUUAUGGGACAGCUGUGCACCUGGUUUGCACCUUUUGGUUGAUGAAUACAUUUGGGAGAAUCUAUUGGAAAGAACUUAAUUUAAUAAUUCCAUCAGUGAUCCCAGAUGCUGGGAGUAAAUUCUCAUCUAUCUGCUUCUAAUUAAAGAUACACACCUUCUCCCGUGAGGAAAAAAAUAUAGAAAAACGUAAAGAGAAUAAGCUCUCCCAUCCCUUCUGAGCUAGUUUCAUGUUGUCUUCUCCUAUUGCAUCUUGCAUAUGUCUCCAGACACAGAAAUAUCUGGAAGAACAUGCAUGUUUCUUUAAAAUGUCCAGCAACAACAACCGCUGGGCAUUUAGCUGAGUGAGAAGUAAAAAAAUUUCAGCUUGUCAACGGAGUAUAGUACCUCCAGUGUCUCCUUUAGUUUGAAAUCUCUUUCUGAAGGACCCCCACAUUAUGAAUGUAAUCCAUUGAUCUCAUGUUCAGUGCAAGAACAUAAAUUAUGUGUGUGUUGCUGAAUAUCUACCAUUUUCUAGUCACUAUUUCUUGUGCAUAGUCAAUUGCUGCUGGUUCUCUCAGAGUGGAUAAGUACGCAUGUUGAACCACAACUCUGAACAGUCUAAGACUGAAACCAUGGCUCAUUCACAGUAGUCAAUGAGUGAAGAAGAGCAUGCAUGUGUGAAGAAGCCCUUGGUCACUGGAAGGCUUGCUCUAGUCCAAGUGCUGUAGUUAUAGUGACUGUGGAAGUCUUUUGUUCAGCUUUUCAUAUACUGUACACUUCCCAUGACUACCUGGAUGAUUUAGGCAAUUGGAGACUGAUUUCUGGAGAUUAGGCUAAUCUGUAUUAUAACACCAAGCACGUUUGGGUUGAAACAUCGACAUUUUGUCUUGUCCAUCAUCUGUUUUUGAGAGAUGUGAUGGUGUCUUGUAAGACUAUGUAAGGCUUAAUGUGCCCAAACAAAUUCUUAAACCCAUCCCCACAAAAAACAUUUUGGAACCUCUGGUGUCUAGCCCAUGAAAUACAGACAGGGUAAGGAGCUUCGUGAAACUAGUUGGAUACUUCAGGAAACUUUUUCAGUGUCGGGUGCUUUGGAAAACCAAAAGCAUCUGUCUUCUUUUUUUCAAGGAAAUGUAAACCAAACUGUGUGUUCCAUGAAAGCAUCUGGAAUAGUCAUGUUAUUUCAGUGUUUUAAUGAACUCAUAUAUUCAAAUUACUGCAAAAAGCAGUUUUGAGGGCAUACACUGUCAAUAAUGUUCUCUGGAGUGACGAAAUCGAGAUCCCAGAGACUCAAAUCCUUAAAUUUUGAAUGCUAUGAAAGUCAUGAUGUCCCCAGAAUUUACAUCCAUAGGACAAUUUCAGAUUUGGGUAGGUAGUCACAAUACAGAGGAUGCUUUUUAUUAAAACACUUGCUUCUCCUCUGUCAAUUUCUGUUUUGUCUUACUUCUUUUGCUGAAUAUCUGCAAUGUACAUCGAUUACAUAGGUAUAGAAUCUGAGGACAGCAUAACUGGCAGCCAGGGUGAUUUAGGGUACUUCUAGAUAGGAGGAUCCUAACACUACCAGUCCAAAGACUCUGUAGCUAUUAUUACUUUCCUUCAUAUCUAAUAUAUCUGUAACACUGUGCUUUCCAGCUGGGGGAAAGUGCAUAGGUGUAGAAUAAGAUGGAAGAGACAGACAGCAACCUCAGUGCUUCUUCCUGCCAGCCAAUGCUUUGGUUUAACCUCUUCUUCUUCUUCUUCUUCUUCUUCUUCUUCUUCUUCUUC